AUGGACCAGCCAGACCCCUUGCUGAGCGAGCUCUGCUCCAUCUGCCACACCAAUCCCCCAAAAUACCGCUGUCCGCGCUGCGCAACCCGCACCUGUUCUCUACCCUGCACACGACGCCACAAGCUCUGGUCCCAAUGCUCCGGAGUGCGUGAUCCAGCUGCUUACCUCCGGCGCAAUGAACUAGCCACAGAAUCCGCCUUUGACCGCGACUUUAACUUCAUCACGGGAAUUGAACGCACGCUCGAGCGCGCUGGCCGAGUGACAGAGAACCGGGGCAUCGAGCUUCCGCGGGGCCACUCGGGGGACAAAGCGGAGACGGAUGGAGCUCCAGGAGCAGAAGAUGCAGCUCCGGGAGGGAAACGGAAAUACCCUCAUCAGGGUUUGGUCAAAGGCGAAGCUGGGUUCUUGCGCGGCGCGGAGGCUGGCGGCGUGAAUGUCAUUCGGGCGCCGAGGGGGAUGACCCGAAAUAAGCAGAAUGCGUCGCGGUGGCAUCCUAAACACAAGUGCCUGAAUUGGUCCGUGGAAUGGAUCACGGCAGCUGGGGAAAAGAUCGUUCGGGCCUGUAUCGAGACAUACUGUAUUGCCGAAGCAUACGAUCGCGUCUAUCCAGCUCCAAAAGAGGAGAAAGCUCGCCCGGGACAGGUGAAGGAAGAGCAGGAUGUCGGCCAAGAACCUGCUGCGAAGGACGAUGCAACAGCACCAGAAGCUGCUUCAUCUGCACUAGCCGAAUCGACUGCGACCGUAGUGCCACAUCCUUCAAGCUCAGAGCCUGCCGAUACUGGAUCAACAGCAGGGAGGCAGCCGGCAACCGAUCAAAGUAUAAGACCUCACCGUGGUCUCUAUUUCUACCUCCAUCGACCACGAACCACGACCAAGAAACCCGUCCUAAUUCCUUUGUCCCCAUCCGCAAGUCUCACCGCUGCGCUACGCGGACACACCGUCCUUGAAUUUCCCACGAUCUACGCGCUUCCAGACUCUCCGGUAACAUUGCUUGCAGAAAAAGAGACAUCGCCGUUUCUCUUGGAAGAAGAGUAUCUGCGCACCGUGGGCCCUCAAGACGCCGGUGAAAAUCAAUUGCAGGACGUUUCUGCGGUGGACGACGAAACUACUGGAGAUUUGAAGUCGGUCGAUUUGCGGAAUGUGGACGAGAACCAGGUGAUGGAAGUGCUCCAGCAGGAUUUAUUUGAACCGGUUCCCGAGGAGGCAGGACCGUCAUGA